AUAUUAUAAGAGAUCUUAUUAGGAAAGCAAUGUUUUUGUAUAAAUCGGAAGAGCCACUUAACGUCUUAACCUCCUUGCCUAAAUAAGUAUCCCUAGAAUAAUUGAAAACAGAAAUUACUCGUUGCAACCAAACCUCCGAAUUUAACCCACUUCCACACAGCAUUCGGGAACCCCAAAUUGGACCCAACGUAGACGCCCGGUUGAAUCUCCUCACUAAUCCCCCUUUAUCGCUCUCUCCGAUCUUCCCUUAAUUCUCAAAUCUCUACGAACAUACAAAUCUUCAUAAUACCCGUUUUAAAUUUCUUCUUUUUGUUUAUAAUCAUCUACUCGAAUCAACACAGACGUCGGCAACAAGGUGUUUUGCAUUACAAGCUCGCGAUUGACUCUAGAUAUUCAUAAGCAGGAGGAUGCUUUUGAUGCUAUGAUGAAUCAAGGAGUUACGGACACCAUAACCACCCUGGACCCGAAUUCACUUGAGCAUCACGCUGUUGAUUCAAGCCAUGGACAAGCACAAUCAUAUUAUGCCUCAUCUUCCGCCCCUGAAUCUGCAUCCUGGACCAUGUAUGGAGCUGUUAGCGAUUCCACAGGGAACAAAACUUAUCCCAGUGCCAACUUCAGCCAUGAUCAACGUUCAGAACCUCAAUCAAGAAACCUUCAAGAUGGAUUGAGUGUGGCAUCUGCUAGCACUGUUUCAAGUUCUGGAGCAGCUAAUUUAGAGUAUGCUAACUAUGCAACUCCAACUGCAACUGCAACUGCAACUGCUACAUACCCGAACAAUGAUCCAUAUGGAUAUGGAAACACAGGAUAUGCAGGUUACUAUAAUAGUAGCUAUCAGCAGCAGCAGCCAAAUCAAUCAUACCCUCAACAGCAGCCAAAUCAAUCAUAUCCUCAACAGCAGCAGCAGCCAAAUCAAUCAUAUCCUCAACAGCAGCAGCAACCAAAUCAUUCAUAUCCUCAACAGCAGCAGCAGCAGCCAAAUCAAUCAUACCCUCAGCAGCAGCCAAAUCAGUCUAGUCAAACGUAUGUUCAACCUAGUCAAACGUAUGUUCAGCAAGCAGGAGCCUAUCAAAGUACAGGUGCUCCUCAUCAGCCUAUUUCCUCAUUUCAGAAUACAGGGUCCUAUCCUGGGCCUGCAAGUUAUUCAACAACUUAUUACAAUCCUGGUGAUUAUCAGACAUCUGGUGGUUACCCAACUGCAAAUUACAAUACUCAGACGAAUUCAUGGAAUCAAGGAAGCUAUCCAAGUUAUGCUCAUCAAUAUCCAAACUACACUACAGAUUCUAAUGUUGCUUAUACUGCUCAAAAUAAUACUCCUGUGGCAUCUGUACAAUAUCAACAAGAUUAUAGUAAACAAUGGACAGAUUAUUAUAGCCAAACUGAAGUCACAUGUGCUCCUGGGACAGAAAAUGUAUCUUCUACAAGUGCACCCAAUCUGGUGUCUCCUCUUCCUGUUCCUGUUCCUGUUCCUGUUGUUGCCAAUGCUUAUUCUGCUCCAAACAACCAACAAGUGGCAUCUACUGCUCCAGUUCCAUCAUCUUGGAAGCCAGAAUCUGGCUUAUCUGAGUUACCCUCAGUGCAGCCUAGUGCAGCAAUUAACAAUGUCCAUGAAAGUUACUGGAAACAAGGGAGUCAAGGGUACCAAAAUUACCAUGUUACCCCAAUGCAAUCAGGCUUUCAGAAGCCUUUGGAAGCCCCCCCUCAAAGACCAAAUGUACAACAAUAUACAGCUUCUCAUCAGGUGCCUCAAACCUAUCAACCACCUCCACAAACUUCUGUACCCUUUGGGGUAAACAAAGUGCAGAUUCCAACAAACCCUAGAAUCUCUUCUAAUUUACCCAAAAACCACAAUUCCACAAUUGGACCCACAAAACCAGCUUAUAUCGGUGUCUCACUUCCUAACCCUAAUGACAACACAUCAUCACAUGCUGCUGCUGCUGCUGCAGAUUCUACAGAUAAGCCUGGCACGCUUCCCAAGUCACUACGUGGGUAUGUAGAAAGGGCUUUGGCUCGUUGCAAGGAUGAUAGACAGAUGGCAGCUUGCCAAAAUGUCCUCAAGGAGGUUAUCACCAAAGCAAGUACUGAAGGCACUCUUUCUACACGAGACUGGGAUACUGAGCCCCUUUUCCCAAUUCCCAACACUGAUACCAUUAAUAAUGAAUCAACUCCUCCAUCACUGAUGAAGAACAGAAGAAGUCCAAGUAGGCGUGCAAAAAGUAGGUGGGAGCCUCUGCCAGAUGAGAAACCAGUUGAGAAACAAUCAUUUUUUACCCCCGAAAGUGUAAAAUCCAGUGGAGGCUUUCAUAGCAUUGAAAGAGAUAAGCAGUUUUCAACAGGAAAACCAGAGAAUAAGGAGAGUAAUAAGUUUAGUAACCUGAGAUUCUUUUUAUCAAAUCAAAAAGAAGCAAAUAAAUCAGGUUUUCGUCCAGCUAAAAGGCAACAUAUAGGUGAAGGUAAAAGCGCACCUGUUAACCACAACAACAACAACAACAACAAUGACUCAUCAUCAAGUGAUAGUGACAAAGAACAAGGCCUAACUGCAUAUUAUGCAAGUGCAAUUACACUUGCGGAUUCACCCGAAGAAAAAAAGAGACGUGAAAGUCGUUCAAAACGUUUUGAAAAAAACCAUGGAAAUCGAACAACAUUUAAUAAUAAUAACAAUAAUAAUAAAGCCAAAAACUUGUACACUAGAAGGGCGUCUAUGUCCAUGUUGGCAAAUAGUAGCAACACCAACACCUCAGAUGACAGUGGAGGUGCCAGCAGGGCAGUUGAAGAUAUUGAUUGGGAUUCUUUAACUGUUAAAGGAACUUGUCAAGAAAUUGAAAAACGUUACUUACGCCUUACUUCUGCACCAGAUCCUGCAACUGUAAGACCUGAGGAAGUAUUGGAAAAGGCUUUGGUUAUGGUUCAAGAGUCUCAAAAGAACUAUCUUUAUAAAUGUGAUCAGCUCAAAUCUAUUCGACAAGACCUUACAGUACAACGGAUACGCAAUGAGUUGACUGUCAAGGUGUAUGAAACCCAUGCAAGAUUAGCAAUAGAAGUCGGAGACUUGUCCGAGAUUAAUCAGUGCCAGUCACAAUUGCAGACUCUUUAUGCUGAAGGAAUUAAGGGAUGCCAUAUGGAGUUUUCUGCUUACAAUUUACUUUGUGUUAUCUUGCACUCCAAGAACAAUAGAGAUCACUUGUCAGCCAUGUCUAGAUUAUCAGUCGAAGCAAGGAAAGACGAAGCAGUUAAGCAUGCUCUUGCAGUGCGUGCAGCCGUGACAUCCGGAAACUAUGUCUUGUUUUUCAGAUUAUAUAAAAUUGCUCCUAACCUCAACACCUGUCUUAUGGAUCUUUAUGUGGAGAAGAUGAGGUAUGCAGCAGUGAAAUGCAUGACGCGAUCAUAUCGGCCAACACUACCUGUGAAUUAUGUGGCUCAGGUUCUUGGAUUCCAAGAAAAUGGAUUGGAGGAGUGUACAGAAUGGUUGAAGGCUCAUGGUGCAUCUCUUGCUAUGGAUAAUUCUGGAGAGAUGAUGAUUGAUGCCAAGGCUUCCAUGGCUUCUUUGUUUAUGCCAGAGCCAGAUGAUGCAGUGUCCCAUGGGGAUGCCAGUCUUGCUGUUAAUGAUUUUUUGACACGUUCAUUGUCAUAAUCAUAAUCAUAAUCAUAAUCAUAAAUAAAUAAAUAUAUCAAGAGUCAAGACAAGACACAUGUAAAAGAAAACUAGGUUUUUGCUGACGUGGAUCCUGGAGAAAGCCAGCCUGGAAUUUAAUAUGUGGCUGGGUUUUUUUGAUGUUGGGAUCGAGAUAGUGUACUACUAGUAGUAUCAUGGAAUAGAAAAAAAAAAAAAAAACAAAUGAGGUGAGAUGAGAUGAGAUGUUGUUUUUUAUUAGAAUCAGAUGUUCAUUCUUUUUUUUUUUUUUUUCUAUAGAGGCGUUAUAAUGUGUAUGGCAAGAUAGAUUUUGUGGAUAAGUUAUUGGUUUAAAUUUUGUAAUUUGAUUGCUUA